GUGUUGGGGAGCGUCCAUCCUUUUGUUCGCCUUUUAGGCUGAAACUUUACUCGAAAUCAGAGCGUCAUAUUAUCGUCAGUAAUCUAACGCCCUUAGGAUUUGACUCAGUUUUGGCCAAACCGGUUUGACGUCUCUGCGUUACAGAGGGGGAAGUGAAGGACUGUGUUGACUAACUCCAGCUUAACUUUCUGUUGUUGCUCUGCAACACAGCGUUUCUUUUUUUGUUAGUGCCACUUUGUUUUGUAUUUUAAACGCAACAUCGAGUAUUGCAGCAUGCAUUUGUUCAAAAGAGACAAAAGCUCAGCAGCUCCAACUCCAGAGGUCCCACCACGACCCAGCAAAGAGGACCUUGACAACCCCAUCAAGCACAGCCUGAGCAGACCGGAUACAGAAUUUACAGCCAGCACUGAUGUCACAGAGGAGCUUCAACCAAAGACAAAGAGGACAGGGGUGAUGGGAGCUAUGCAGAAGGUCAACCCAUUCAAGUCUACCUCACAGGCUCCCUCUGAGCUCAGCAAAGCUGCAUCCUCUGAGUCACUCGAAAAGGGAACAGACUCCACACAGAACCCUGGUGUGUUCAAAGGGGUCAUGCAGAAGGUCAACCCGUUCAAGUCCUCCUCCCAGGCCCCCUCUGAGGUCAGCAAAGCUCCCUCCUCAGAGUCACUCGAACAGGGAACAAACUCCACACAGAACGCUGGCGUGUUCAGAGGCGUCAUGCAGAAGGUCAACCCGUUCAAGUCUUCCUCACAGGCCCUGUCCAGCAAAGCAUCUUCCUCAGAGUCACUAGAUCAGGGAGCAGACUCCACACAGACCCCGGGUAUGUUUCAAGGGGUCAUGCAGAAGGUCAACCCAUUCAAGUCUACCUCCCAGGUCUCCAAAGCUGCAUCUUCAGAGUCACUGGAUCAGGGCAGAGUUUCAGACUCUAAUCAGAACCCUGGUAAACUGAAAGGGGUGAAGCAGAAAAUCAACCCGUUCAAAUCCUCACAGAUGAAGGAAAACCAGCCUCUACACGGUGACCUGUCCUCCAGCAGCGGAAGCUUAACAGACAACAACAACGUGCCGGAGAAACAGAACCGCGGGAGAUUUAAAGGGAUGAUGCAGAAAGUAAACCUAUUCAAGUCUUACACACAGGUGCCAGACGAGGAAUGUGAGACGGACUCUGCCGUUCCGAAUACAGCUUCCUCACUCAUGAUGCAGGAAAACCGAACUACUCACAGUGAGGACUCCUCCAGCUGUGACAGCGUGGACGCAAGCACCAUAGAGAGACAUACUAUUUGGUACACUGACGUUGACGCCAGCAGCGAGGUGAAAAGCCAGCCGACAGAAGCAUGGAAGAAAAGAACUAUGACUUUUAGAAUAAAGAGGAUUUUGCCAAACGCAUUGUUUGGAUCUGGAACAAAGAGCUCAUCAGGUGACACAGAGGCACUGCCCCAGGAAGUAGUGGAGGUUCAGACUCUACAGAUGGCUGAAGUACCUGUGCCCAGUGAGGGAACAGACCUGGAUCCUCUAGAUGAUGAAGACGGCCUUCUGUCGUGGUGGAAAACUGUAGACGGAUGGGAUGAGUGGAAUGAAGCCAAUCAGAAUGAUGAACCUGAAGAGGUGGUGGAAGAAGCAGCUGAUCGUGUCUUCAUGGCAGCUCGUCUUUUUGUUCGCUUCUUCAACCAGCGUGGCGCCUCACUCCAGCAGCGUAUCCUGGAGCUGCUCUCUAUGGCCGACGCAGCUGAUUUGUUCCAUAAGAAAACGGUCACGGCCAGCGUUGGCGGUGGGGUAGCCAGUGUCGCAGGGUCCAUCACUACCAUCACCGGCCUCAUUCUGGCGCCCUUCACAGCAGGAGCGUCGCUCAUCGUCACCGCUGUAGGCAUCGGUGUAGCUACGGCGGGCGGGGUGGCGUCUGCUUCAGCCAACAUCACCGACACAGUCCACUCAAAGACGGACCGCAAGAAGGUGGAGAAGAUGAUCCAAGACUACGAGGAGGAGAUGAGGGACAUCAAGGAGUGCCUGGAGUUUUUGCAGGAAGGGAUGGAGACGCUUGAAGAGUGGGACUUUGAGAAGUACGCUGAGAGCAUCGCGAAAAAGCACCUCAACCAGGACGUCAAACACGUGAUGGAGGAGGGCGGGCGGGCCGGGAAGGCUUUAGUGAUCAACACCGAGAGCCUGAUCAGCACCGUUCAGGUCCUCAGUGUUGCAGGGGGCGCUGCCAAAGCCGUGCAGGUGAUGAGCAUUACCACUGGAGUCAUGUCGGGUCUCUUCCUGGCGCUCGAUGUCUUUUUCCUGGCGAAAGACACCAUGGAGCUCAAAAAGGGGGCCAAGACGGACUUUGCCGCAAAGAUCCGAGAAGUUUGCAAGGACCUGCAGGACGGGCUGCUGGAGCUGAACCGCAUCAAGGAGGAGCUGCAGAAAACCAUGGAUGGGAUCGAGGUGGAGGUAGAAGAGGAAGAUGAAGAGCUGUUAAAGUCUGAUCUGAAGAAACUUAUCGAGCUUGAAGAAUGAAGGAUAGAAAACGUCACUGUCUUAACUCUGGAGAAAGAUAGUUGAUUAUUGAGUUACAUACCACUUUUAAUCCUACUGCCAAAAACUGUAACUAUUUCUCGCAAGAGCUAUUUGUAGCAAGUUAUAUUUUAAAUAUUUAUUAGUUAUAUUUAUAGUAUUAGUAGUAAUUUUAAUUACGUGUGUGUGCCAUGUGUUUGUGCCAUGAUGAUCUGUUAACUUUAUUUGCAAUAAAAGGGGUUUCAUGUUUAAUAAUCCA